ACUAUUUAAUCAAUCAAUCUCACGUUGUAUUUGAUCGGACUCGAUUAAAAUAAAUAAAUAAAUUGCCAGCUGUUGAAUAUUUGAAAAAUGCAGGUGAAAAUUGAGUGGCAGAUGCUAGUGUGCCUGGCUGUGAUGGUUGCGCUAUUGUCACCGCAAUCAGAGGCCGUUGCAUCGUGCGAUCAGCUGCGGGGUAACCUAGGGUCGUGCCUAGGGUUUCUGCGCGGCGGCGUGAUAACGUCUCAGUGCUGCAAUGGGGUUAGGGCGGUGGCGGCCUCCGCAAAAACCACCGCCGACCGCCACGCGGCCUGCCGGUGCUUGGUGGCGGCGGCUCAAUCGAUGCGUGGGGUUAUCGAUUUGGGGAAUGCGGCGAGGCUUCCGGGGAGAUGUGGGGUCAAUAUCCCUUUCCAAAUUAGCCCCAACACCGACUGUAAUAGGGUUGGUUGAGUUUGGAGUUGGUGUUGGACAUGCAUGCAAGUUUAAGGAUCCCUAACUAGUUUGCCCUGUGUUGAUUACGACGUCGUUUCACCCUCCAAAUAAAUUGAAAAAAAAAAAGUCCUUCUCGAGGCCUAGUGUACAAAUCUAAUACUUCUAUUGUUCUACUUCAAGUAGGCAAUUUUGGUGUAUGAUUGUAUUUUUAUGCUUUGUCACAAAAUAUUUUGUUGUCUUAAUUAUAUCAAAUAAAUAAAACUUCUAUACAUAUAAAAUU